UUUUCCCCAGGUGGGUUUCAGUGAAAAACCCUUCUAUGCUUAAAGGCAGCAAAUAACAUUUAAGAAAUUGAAGUGUUUGUAUUUCAUAGAGAAUAACACCUCUAACUCUUCAAAUGCAGCAAUGCUGAACCACACAGAGGUCAGUGAGUUCAUCCUUUUGGGCCUCACCGAUAUCCAAGGUCUACAAUACUUUUUCUUCAUCUCCUUCCUGUUGCUCUACCUAACUAGUCUUCUGGGAAAUGGUGUCAUUGUGACCAUGGUGAUAUCUGAGCCACGGCUCCACACACCAAUGUACUUCUUCUUGGGGAACCUUUCCUGCCUGGACAUUUUUUACUCUACAGUUACUGUUCCCAAGAUGCUGACUGGUUUUCUCUUUGGGCAUCAGCCUAUUUCUUUUGGGGUGCUUACUCUCUACUUUCUGCACUUUCUGGCAGUACUGAGGCUGUGCUCCUGGCCACUGCUGCUUCCUGCCACCAUGGCUUAUGACCGCUAGGGCAUUUGCAACCCACUGUGCUACACCCUUGUCAUGAGUCAAAGGACUUGUCUGCUGCUGGCUGUGGCCAGCUGGUCCAUUGGUUUUGUACAUGCCAUGAUGCAUUCAAUUAUGACCUCUCAACUGAGUUUCUGUGGGCAUAACCAAAUUCAUCACUUUUUCUGUGAUAUCAAGCCACUGUUGUAUUUGGCUUGUAGUAGUACCAGCCUCAACAUGAUCCUCCUUAAUGUUGUCACCACAUCUAUUGCUCUAGGCCCAUUCAUUCUCAUAGUCCUUUCCUACCUAUACAUCAUCUCCUUCCUCUUACAGAAAGUCCAGUCUCAGGAAGGAAGAUGGAAGCCCUUCUCCACCUGUGCCUCUCACCUUACUGUUGUGGCACUACUGUACAUACCACUAUUCUUCAAUUAUACACCUCCAUCCUUGAGCAGCUCCUCUAUAACAGACAUGCAGGUGUCUGUCAUGUACAGUGCUAUCACCCCAGCUAUGAACCCCUUGAUCUACACUCUUAGGAACCAGGAGGUGAGAUCUGCCCUGAAUAAAACAUUAGGGAGAAAACUCUCCUGGUGGAAAGUGACCAAAAGAGGAACAAAUUCAGAAUGUAAUUACUCCACCAUUCAUAUUUACAAGAGAAGAGAUCAAGAGGAUGCUGUAUUACAAGAGGCUAAAAAAUCACUCAUUAUCUCAUGUAGUUCAGCACAUUACAAUUUAAUUGCUUAGAUGUAAAUCAGGGGAGAUAUUCAAGGCCUUGGUGUUUAUUCUGUAGGUGUCUUUUAUUGUAGCCCAUCUAGUCUCCAGCAUCCCAUACAGAAGCACGUUUGUCUCUUGCAGGAUAUGAGCCAAAGCUGACAGUCCCAUUCAGUAGUCCUGAAAAUACAAGUAUUAUAGUAUUACUUGAUGGCUCUGAUUAGGAAGCUCACACUCUGUAUAUCCCUAGAGAGCUAGUAUGUGUUACAUUCUGGAUGUUGCAUAGCCUGAGAAUUCUUUGACUUGAGUCAGCUCUUUUUUGGGGGUCCAUAUCUUUUCAUUAAGUAUAAGGGGAGCCUUACUAAUGAACUUGUAGUUAAAUGUAUGCUUAAAAAUGGAGAUGAGGAUGAAGUGUA